AUGAUCAUUGACGGAGGUAGUAUCGGCGACUUGAUCGCAAUCGCCGGCCUAAUCGAGCGCAUCGUCGUCGAGGUGAAGUCAUACAAAGAGGCGCCGCACCACUUCCAACGUCUCGCAAUCGAGUUAGACUUCCUGUCAAAGGUUUGCCAUCAGGCGUUCCAUCUAAUACCGAGUCGCGUCGGUGAGCAAGCCAGGCUCGAGAGAGUACGGGCGAUUGCGUUGCAAUGCCUCGGGCCCCUGCAAGACUUCGAAAAAAAGAUGAGGAGUUACGACAACACUUUGGGCCCGGGAAACUGCAUAGGCAAGAGUAAACAAGGUUGGAUACAGAACUUCAAGAAGCGAUUGCAUUGGUCGGCUAUCGCGCGCCAUGAAGUAGAUGAACUUCGCGCAAUACUAACGAGUGAGAUCUUGGCGAUCAACACCCUGUUGACUAUGCAAAACUGGGAGAGUCUAACACCAAAGAAUACCACGAAUAAUCCCUUUGCCGAUCAUUUGAAGGCCCUGAUCACAACCACGGAGACCGCUUCUCGUGAGAUUGAAACCUACCUCCUCGAAGCCAAGGCUGGGUCUGAACGACUCGAGAAACUCGUGGUUGCUGCGAACUUGACACAUGCGGAGCAAGAAAACACCGUGAACUUAAUGGAACAGAAUGCUGAAAAGACGAGCAUGGUUCUGGACGCCAUCACCAAUACCGUGGAGGCGGCUUCAUCGCAGCUUGUCAGACUGUUCUCCCUUACUGAGCACUUGGAGCGAUGGAUCAAGACUGUCGUUCAAUAUUGCAAUGAAAUUAUUGGUCUCGUCCAGCGAAACACUCGCAUUCUGCUCUCGCUCCACGACAUCGUGAUGAGGUUAGAGUCAGCGAUGAGGGCGCCUGGCGUAACCUGCCCGGUUCUAGAAUUUGAAAAUCCUUUUGGGAUCAAAAUGGCCCUUCCAUACCAAAUGUGUGACACCUGGGAGGGUCUAUGCCGUCUGCUCGUUGUGAUGUUCUACAACAAGCCAGGCCUACGGCUGGUCGAACGCCGACGCUUUGUCGUUAUGCAAUCGCGGUCAAAUAUGCCUAUCAAGCCGCAGGAUUGGUCAACAUCUGUGGCCCCAGGAGACUCGUUAAAUAUGUCGAUUCUUUUGGAACGGCUUGGCAGGCAGUCGACAACAUUUCCGUGUCCUAGAUGCGAUCACGUAUUCAACUCAACAAAAUCUGAUUUCCAGCGAGGAUACCAAUGCCCAAAAUGUCUCCUUUGGUCAGAUACUGUAGACGGAGCGCAGUUAGGCAUCUCCUCCGAUUCUAGCAGUUUGACGGUCCCGGUGCCCCCUCCAGAACCUGUGCACUGGGAUUCGUGGAACGGCCAGUGGAGAUCCAGGUUUAGACAUCCACAGGCGCUGUCGAGAUUACGAAACUCUGGUAUGCCAUUUGACAGAAGCCCAACUGCGAGCACCGAGGACGAAGAAGUGGAUGUAUCCGCCUUUCGCCGUGUUCACGUCGUUCCAUUCGAGGGAGACCUUUUGCGAUCUCUUAUCAGGAUUGGAAGUCGUUGUCGAGAUGUCGUGCUCAAAUAUUCAGCAAAAUUUGAACCGAACAACCCUCGGCUCCCCCCCGAGACGAUUCUGGAAUUCAAGAGGCUCAUCCAAGAAAUGAAAGAGCUUAAGGCGACAGGCAUUUAUCCCCUUGCUGAAUUGAGUGCACGUCAGGGGACCAAAAGUCACAAAGAAGUCCUGGAACACUGGAUUAAGAGAACUGCCCAAGUAAUAUAUCAUCCCCUUGAUGACCCAUUGUUUCGUGCGAGAGUAUCCCAUGAUGAGAUAUGGGCAAUCCACCAGUGGCUGGGGAACCCUGCACCGCAUGAACUAACACCAACUAUAACGCAACUUGGGCCCGGCUCCUUCCGUGAUGAGUAUUGCAGAAACCAGCAUUCGCAGCGGUUUGCCACUAGGCAGACUAACGCUUACUUUCCAUCAGCUCAACAUGCCUUUCAAAGCGGCUCAAAAUGGACAUUGGAGUCUCGUGGCAGUAAUGGACGCUAUGGCACAGAAUGGAAUAUAGAGGAUGAAUUAUACAAGUACAUGUAA